UUGACUUUUCGCUCCUGCUGUGGGGUGAACAAAGGCUUAAAGACAACAUGUCUCCCUUUAAGGACUUAAAGUUGACUUUGGAAGCGCUGAACCAAGAGGGCACUUAUUCCGAAGGAGAUACUGUUCGAGGCACUCUUUCUUUCAAUCUGAAUAGUAACACCACAGUGAAGAGCAUUUCAGUGAAGGCUAAAGGGGACGCAAAGGUGGAGUGGAAAAAAAGUUCUGGAAAUAGUACGACGGUCUACAAGGGGCAUGUGAGAUAUUUCAAUAUCAAAGAGUACUUGGUUGCAAAAGAUACUGGAGGCACUGUGCUUCGCCAAGGGCCUCAUAAUUUCAAGUUCUCAUUUAAAAUACUUCAGGGGGGAAUGCCAUCCUCCUUCAAAGCGAAAAAUGGAAAAAUUGUGUACAUGGUUGAAGCAAAAAUUUCCAGAAGUUGGCGGUGGCCUUCAUUGGUGAAAACAGAGAUGCAUUUUCUUUCAAAGGAUUUUCCACCAAUUCAUAUAGCCAUGCAUCCAUUAUCUGGUUCAGUGGAUAAAGAGUUGGGGAUUUUCUCCAAAGGACAGCUCCAAAUGACUGCUUUGGUUAACCGAGGAGUUUGCUCUCCAGGUGAAACAUUGUCUGCCUCUGCCAGAAUCUGCAACACUUCUUCAAAAUCUGUGAGGCCCAAGUUCAGUUUGCACCACAAGAUUGUCUACAGGGUCAAAAAGCACACCAAGAUCAGCGAUCAAGUCAUAUUUAAAAUGGUUGGAGACCCAAUCACACCAAGGUCAGAGGUGACGGUUCCCUGUGAAGUGAAGAUUCCUGGCGAUGCUGUCUGCACUCUCCAUAACUGUCAAAUCAUCUCGGUUGAAUAUUACCUCAAGGUGUAUUUGGACGUCAGCUUUGCUUACGAUCCAGAGGUGGUGUUUCCGCUCCUUGUUGUUCCGUCGAAUCUUGUCCAUGCUCAGCUCAAUGAAGAAGUGGGGCAGGUCUGAUCCUGCAGGAGCUCCAAGUGACAGCAACUUCAAGCCCUCUGUACCCAGUCACAGAUCCCACUCAGCAUAUAAUCACAUCAAGUGUUUCUUUUUUUUUUUUUUUUA